AUGCCGAUCAAGAUUAAAAGCACGCUGUCAAGGCACCUUGGCGCUCCACAGCAUUUGGAGCCUCUGGCAGACCCGCGACGACGGAGCGCCUUACAGAAGCAGCAGAGAGCAUACCUUGGAAGCAUGAUUGUCGUAUUCGGCAGCUCGAACGCCUUUGGACGCGACGUAAAUGAGAUGGAAAUGAUGGUGCUGGCCGGGACGGUCUUCGUGGUCUCGGUGCUUCUCGUGCUAGUCUACAAGCUGGCACGCGGCUGGGACGACCUGGACAAGGACGACUUCGGCGCCAGUGUGUUGCCGAUGCAUGCGCCUCGCGCAACGAACCGCUGGGUCUCCAGCCGCAAGACGCAUUUUGGACGGCUCGGCACGAUCCAGGAAAACGAGGUUUUCUCCUUCAGUUCCAAGAUGCGAUAAGCGGUGCCAAUGUGGCAGUUGAAUCAACAGACG